CCCCCCCCGCGUGCCCUCAUCUGUGGAGCGACGGCAGCCGCGAAAAGCGAUGAUCAUGAUGCUCCCCGCGCCGUAGCGCUCCGCACUCACCCGCUUCCCCGUCGAGCGCAGCCCCGAGAGGAGCAAGGGCGGGAAUUACGGUAAUAAGUGAGGUGCGCGCGCUGACGCUUCGCGGCCGGAAGGACGGGCGCUCUCUCGGACCGCAGUUCGGACCCGUGUUCGCACCCGCCCCCCCCCUCCCCAGAGCAGGUGCCGCGUUCCUCACGGUGGAAGCCUCCUCCUCCUCCUCCUCCUCUUCCUCCUCCUCCUCUCCCUCAUCUCAUGGAGUUCUCCAGCGAGCCCGCGGCUCUGCGGGAUGCCAAGCAAAUCCGGUGGUACAACGAGUCCCUUUACCAGAGUAACUUCAGCGUGUACAACGACACGGACGGCUUCCUGCCCACGGGCGUGCGGGUCACCAUCGUCGUGGUCUACAUGAUCGUGUGCGUGGUGGGGCUCGUGGGCAACUGCCUGGUCAUGUACGUCAUCAUCAGGUACACAAAGAUGAAGACGGCUACCAACAUUUACAUCUUCAAUUUGGCAUUGGCAGACUCACUGGUCUUGGCCACGCUACCCUUCCAGGGUACCGACGUUUUCCUUGGUUUCUGGCCCUUUGGAAACAUCUUGUGCAAGAUAGUCAUCUCUAUCGACUACUACAACAUGUUCACGAGCACGUUCACCCUCACCAUGAUGAGUGUGGACCGCUACAUUGCCGUGUGUCACCCGGUCAAGGCACUAGACAUGCGCACACCUCACAAAGCCAAGGUCAUCAACAUCUGCAUCUGGAUCCUCGCCUCAGCUAUCGGGGUGCCUGCCAUGGUGGUGGGGGACGUGGAAACAGAAGCCAACGGAAUCGAAUGCAUUGUGGUGCUGCCGGACCCACGCAGCUACUGGGACCUGGUGUUCGGUACAUGCGUGUUCCUCUUCUCCUUCCUCAUCCCUGUGGCGAUCAUCAGCAUCUGCUACAGCCUGAUGGUCAAGCGCCUCCGCAGUGUCCGUAUCCUGUCCGGCUCCAAGGAGAAGGACCGCAACCUACGGCGCAUCACCCGCAUGGUUCUGGUGGUGGUCGUGGUCUUUGUGGUGUGCUGGACCCCCAUCCAGAUCAUGGCCCUAGCUCAGUCGCUGGGGGUCAACUCGGGGAGCCUGUUCACCGUGGCCCUCAUGCACCUCUUCAUUGCCCUCGGCUACGUUAACAGCAGCCUCAACCCGGUUCUCUACGCCUUCCUCGAUGAGAACUUCAAGCGCUGCUUCCGUGAGUUCUGCUACCCGUCGUCCUUCCGGCUCGACGCGCAGCAGUCAGGCCGUAUGCGGAGCAUCGCCCGGGAGGUGGCGUACAACUGCAAGGCGGCAGACGGGAAUAGUAACCCCACCUGACUAGGGGUGGAGCUGCCGUUGGUCAGUGCCGAGCUCCCGAAACCAGGAAACUCCAGCAUGGAGCUCACACAGAUCACGGCGCUCUAGCAUGACGAGUAUCCCCACACACGCCUGCUUGGGGAUUUGGACACAGACAGUGAUGCACCAUUUGGGACAAAGGGGCUUUAAUCAGUCUUAAAGAUAUAUUUUUUCUUUUUUUAAGUGGGUAGAUAUGCUCUUGCUUA